GGUUUCAGGAAAUAAGACUAUCAGGAAGUAGAAAGUUUUUGAGAAGUGUUGUGUCGCCGAAAUGACCAUACUGUUAAACGUUUAACUCGGUUAAAGACUGGACAUAGUGUUGAAAGAAAACCAAGUGUGAAAACUGCCUACAAAGUUUAAGGACUAGCUGAGGAGGCCAUGAAUCGUGUCCCCCUGCAGCAGCAGCAGAGCUGUGGGUCCUGGGAGCUGAAGGAGCGGCUGGGCACUGGAGGCUUUGGGAAUGUCACUCGAUGGCAAAACAGGGACACAGAGGACAGAUUGCAAUAAAGCAGUGCCGUCAGGAGCUGAGCGAGAGAAACAAAGAGAGAUGGUUGUGGAGAUCCAGACAUGAAAAGGUUGGAUCAUGUUAACGUUGUCGCAGCCAGAGAGGUUCCUGAGGGGAUGCAGAAGACAAUGACCACCAAUGACCUGCCACUGCUGGCUAUGGAGUACUGUCAGGGAGGAGAUCUGAGAAAGUAUCUAAACCUCUUGGAUAACUGCUGUGGAAUAAGAGAGGGCUCCGUUUUGAUUCUGUUAAGUGACAUUUCAUCAGCUCUAACCUACCUUCAUAAGAAGAGGAUCAUCCACAGAGAUCUGAAACCAGAAAACAUUGUUCUGCAGCAGGGGGAGAAGAGAUUGAUCCACAAGAUUAUAGAUCUCGGCUACGCUAAAGAGUUGGACCAGAGCAGCCUUUGCACCUCAUUUGUGGGAACACUACAGUACUUGGCUCCAGAGCUCAUUGAGAGACAGAAGUACACAGUCACUGUGGACUACUGGAGCUUUGGGACUUUGGUAUUUGAGUGUAUCACAGGAUUUCGCCCUUUCUUACCAACCUGGCAACCUGUUCCUUGGCACAACAAACUGAGGCUGAAGCAGGACGAUGAUAUUGUUGUCUAUGAGGACCUCUCGGGGGAAAUCCACUUCUCAAAACAUCUCCCUCAGCCUAACAACCUCAACAGUCUGUUAUUAGAGAGGCUGGAGAGGUGGCUGCAGCUGAUGUUAAAGUGGUCUCCUCAGGAGAGAGGCAAAGACCGUGAUGCUACACCCAUGGACUGCUUCUCCCAGCUGGAGCUCAUACUGCAGCUCAAGCUGGUUCAUGUCCUGAACAUGAUUUCUGCAAAAAUCCUGACGUACUCUGUCUCCGACGAAGAGACUGUGGCCGACCUGCAGCUGAGGAUAGAGAAAGACACCAACAUCCCUGCAGCCAAUCAGGAGCUGCUGCUCGAGGCGGGGCUAGCCUUGGAGUCUCAUGGACUGGCCAUGCAGUGCGCCAUAGAUUACAAAGAGAUAGAUGGGCGAAGGACAGACUUGCCUCUGGUCUUCCUGUUUGAUCGUUCCUCUUGCAGUUAUGAACCUCAGUUUUCUCCUCGCACCCUUCCGGAAAACAUCCGCUUUGUCCAAACCGACCCUAAACGCCUUCUGACUUACAGCCCUCUAAGGAGGACCUGCGGCCAGGCGUGGCACACCAUCCGCUCCCUGAAGGAAGACUGGCAAAGACUGCAGCAGGGGCAGAAAGCUGCCAUCAUGAGCCUGCUGAGACACAACUCUUCACUGUCCAAACAGAAGAAUGAGAUGGUGUCCAUGCACCAGAGACUCAUGGCCAAGCUGGACUUCUUUACCACAAGCCUCCACAUAGAUAUGGACAAAUACCAGGAACAGACCACCACCGGGAUCGCAUCAGAGAAACUCCUGGGCGUGUGGAGGGAGAUGGAGCAGACUGCUGUCAGCUGUGGUCAGGCCAAGGUGAGUGAACUGGAGGAGGAGAUGAUGCAGCUGCAGCCAGACAUAGUGGAUGUGCAGCGACAGCCGUGGAGGAGUGGAGAGGCCCUGGACACACUUGAAGGAAAGGCCAUGGAGCUGUUCCGCAAACUCAGAGAGAAACCCAGAGAUCAGAGGUGCCCAGGGGACAGCCAGGAGGUGGUGCGCCUGGUAGUUCAGGCUGUGCAGUUCUACGAGAAGAAGCUCAGAGACUUCUACACACAUCUCAGUAAAACAGCAGUGUGUCGUCAGCGUGUGAUGGAACUGCUGCCGAAGGUGGAGGGUGUGGUACAGAAGAUGGCUGAGAGUGAACAGGUCCUGAUGAGUCUGCAGGAGAAACGACAGAGGGAACUGUGGAACUUGCUCAAAGUCGCCUGUAGUAAAGUACGCAGCCCAGUGAGUGGGAGUCCUGAUGGAUUACGAACUCCCUCUUCAGUGCCGCCUCUACUGACCCCCAGACACAGCUUACAGCAGUUGGACGAGUCUCUUGUGGAAGAGAGCAGGACAUUUGAGAGUCGACUCCAGAGUUUGCUGCAUGACACCAUCCAGGAAUCAGAGAGCAGUAUGGAGGUGUUGAGGGAGUGGACAUGGCUGCAGGAAGGCCAGAAUUUCUCCAGUGACCUCGCCUAAAUUGUUUUUGCUUACAUGUGGUACUCUACUGCCUCUGUGUGGAUAAGAUGUCAAACUACACAAGGAUGUGGUAAUAGCUGGUCUUUUUAACAAUAUGAAUGGAGUAAUAGCUGCUGGUACAUAUUUGCUUAAUGAGAUUAAGCAGUAGGUAAACCUACUUACAACUCCUGUCUGAUGUAAAGAAAGAGGCUCUAAAGCAAAUGUAUCUUGGAUUGGAAUGAGAUACAUUUAUUAAAGCAGGAUCUUAUUCACCCAUUUGGUAUUUAAAAAAAACAUGAAAUAUUUUUUGGGCUAAAACUGCACUUUAUAAUGGAAAGAUCAACCAUUUCAUUGGCACCAUUAAUUGAAUCUGAUGAUUGUAACAUACGAACCAUUUAGAAAGUCCCAGUCUGACCAUACCUACAUACAUUACUGCAGUGUUACAGUAUGAGAAGAGGUCUGCACGCAGUGCAAAUUCUCAAACCAAAACUGUCAUAAAACAGCGGGCAGACAUAGUAAGAGUAAUUUUUAUCCUCAAAUUUAUGAGAGAAAGUGAAAGAGAAUUCAUGAAUGUAAAUGUUUUACCAAAAUUGACAGACAAAAAUAAUUCUGUUUUGAAACUAUACAUUCUAGUUUCUGCAGAUUAUAUUUUAAGAUUCAUGCACAUUCAUUAAACGUUAAAAAGGUUAUAUUCUAAAGAUAUUCAUUGAAAUGUGUGGUAUGUACCUAAAAUGUAAAUAUGUAUCCAUUUAUGUGUUUCUUACUGGACUAAUAUUUUUUAUUACAAAUUUUAUUUUAAUCAGACAGUCAUUGAACAACAUGGGUGCAGUUUAUAAUGUUAAAAAGACUAAUAUAAGUGUACACUGAAUGACAUCCACUGCUAAUAAUAUGGAGGGUGGACACAAAAAAGAAACACUUGUACAAUAUGGUGCGUUCAAAAUCAAAACAAACAUAUCCUAUUUCUCUUUUGGGUUGGUCAAAUAUGGUCAUCAAAACAGAUGGUUUAUAGUCUAAACAAUGAUUCUGAAACAUUUUCUUGUUUUGCUUAAACAAUGCAAAUGCAAAAAUAGUCAAAAUUAUGGAUUUUGGCAAAACUGUGAAAGCGGCAACAAAAACAUUUUAAUUCACUUUACCUCUUAUUAUAUUUAAAUGGGGGUUUUCUGGAUAUAAUCUCAACUAUUGGACGAGGUCUUUACUGUGUAUAGAUCAUACAAAGUGAUGAGAGAUGUUACAUAUUGGUGAGUAUCUGUGAUAUCUUGUCUAUGUGUGUACGCCUUUUAAUAAUGUCAGAAUAACAAAAUGUUUGACAUAUCUAUCCAAACUUUCAAAACAAUUUUGUAUUUUGAAAACCGUAUGUUACUGCAUUGUACUUUGCUUGAUUUCCAUUUCAAUAAUUCCAACCAAAAAAAUAAAAGAUCAAGAUCAUAGUGUUUAACAUUCUUUAUUCCAUUAAUUCAAUAAAAUCAGUUUGAGGUCCUAACUGUUGACUAGAUAUCCUAUACAAAGCACAGCACAGAUGAAGUGGUAAAGGUUGAACAGGUACAGGACACAAAACGAGACAAGACAAAGAGGUGACACAGAGUCUCAAAUUACCGUCAGCCCUUUUACCAAACAGAACCUGAAAAAGACAUUUAGGCAACUGAAGGUUCACAGUAAAACUGUGUUACUGAGGUCUAUUGGUGAGAUCAAAGUCCACUCACUCUGAGAAGGAUCAGCCAUACUGUCUUUUUUUCCCCGCUUAAUUCUGUCCAGCUAUAUAUUUAUUGCAUCUGUUUACAGUCACUGUACUUGUCAAUGUGACAAUGAAAAGUCAAAACCUCCUCCUUGCCUUGAAAA